AUGGGGGGGGGCUCAACCCCACGUCUGCUCCCCAUGUCUGCUCCCCGUUCCCCCUGUCUCCCCUGCCCGUCUCCCCCUUUGCCGUGUCACCGCUGCCCUUCAUUUCCUUGCCGUGCUUGCCUCUUUCCUCCAGAGCAGCUGGUUAUUUACCAGGUCGGCGUCAUCCCCAGCCAGUACUAUGAAGUCCUAGGGAGCAAGGACUUCUCCGGAUUCAAAACACUGACUGCCGUUGCCCUGACCCUGAUCGUAGUGAACUCCACGCUAAAAAGCUUUGACCAGUUUAUCUGCAACAUGAUGUACGUGACCUGGAGGAAGUCCCUCACCGAAUACCUCCACAGCUGCUACUUCCGAGGCCAGGUCUACUACAGCCUGCACGUGCUGCGCGAGGACAUCGAUAACCCGGACCAGCGCAUCAGCCAGGAUGUGGAGAGAUUCUGCAGGCAGCUCAGCUCCAUGGCCAGCAAGCUCAUCGUCUCGCCCUUCACACUGGCCUACUACACAUACCAGUGCUUCCACAGCACAGGCUGGCUAGGCCCAGUGAGCAUCUUUGGGUAUUUCGUCAUUGGGACGAUCGUCAACAAGGUAUUGAUGAGCCCAAUUGUGUCUAAACUUGUGCAGCAGGAAAAACUGGAGGGGGAUUUCAGGUUCAAGCACAUGCAGAUUCGUGUAAAUGCAGAACCAGCUGCUUUCUACAGGGCCGGGCAUGUGGAGCACAUGCGCACAGACUGGAGGCUGCAGAGCCUACUGCGGGCCCAGAGGGAGCUGAUAGGCAAGGAGCUGUGGUUAUACAUUGGGAUCAACACCUUUGACUACCUGGGCAGCAUCCUGAGCUAUGUCGUCAUUGCCAUUCCCAUCUUUUCUGGGGUCUACAGCGACCUGAGUCCAACAGAACUCAGCGCCCUCGUCAGCAAGAAUGCUUUUGUUUCCAUCUACCUCAUCGGCUGCUUCAGCCGGCUCAUAGAUCUCUCCAGCACCGUGACAGACGUAGCUGGCUACACGCACAGGAUUGGUGAGCUGCAGGAGACUUUGCUGAGCCUUGGCAGAAAAAAAAAAGAUAACUACUCAGAAGCCAAAGCCAGCUGGGAUUUGGACAGCAGCCAUUCUGGGGAGGACCCAGAGCCAAGGGACACAGCUUUCCUUCUGGAGCGAGUGACACUCUCGGUGCCAUCCUCUGGCAAGCUGCUCAUCAAGGACUUGAACCUCAGGAUCUCACAAGGAAACAGUGUGAUGAUUGUGGGGAACACUGGCACAGGGAAAACAUCUCUCCUGAGGGUCCUCGGGGGACUCUGGGAGAGCACACGGGGGAGCAUCAAGAUGCUGACCUGCUUUGGCCCCCGGGGAGUGGUGUUCCUACCACAGCGGCCCUUCUUCACCGACGGAAGCCUGCGUGAGCAGGUGAUCUAUCCCCUGAAGGAGAUCUAUCCAAUUUCAGGGUCUGCAGAUGAUGAGAGAAUUGUGCAAUUUCUGGAGCUGGCUGGGCUGACUGAUUUGCUGGUGAGGGCUGGAGGACUGGACCGGCAGGUGGACUGGAACUGGUAUGACAUCCUGUCCCCAGGGGAGAUGCAGAGGCUCUCAUUUGCAAGGCUCUUCUACCUCCAGCCAAAAUAUGCGGUGCUAGAUGAAGCCACCAGUGCCCUGACAGAAGAGGUGGAGCACGAACUGUACCGUGUGUGCCUUCAGCUGGGCAUGACGCUAAUCAGUGUGGGACACAGGGCCAGCCUGGAAAAGUUCCACAGCUGGAUUUUGAAACUUCAUGGGGAAGGAAGAUGGGAGCUCACUCGAUGUGAGAAGAUGAAGCGUCUCCCAGCUGGGGAAGGAUGCUGA